UCCUGCUUUGUGUCUGUCCUUUGUUCACGCCCGUUGAUGCUGGGAGGACAGCGCACCGUGUGUUACAUCACGCAGGGCUCGAAUUUCACGCGUUUCACUCCAGGCACAAACACGAGGGGAGGCUGACAGCUGGGAUGCUUUAUUUGCUCGCGAGCUCGGCUAUCGGAGCGCACUUCUGAGGGACGCUUUCAAAGGAGUGGGGUCCGCUCCGCGAAGCAAACCGCUGUCGCCUGUACAUUUUCCGCAUCUGGAGAAACGUUUAAAAAUAUUAGCCUACACAUCGACGGAUUUUAUUGCCUCUUUGACCGCUCGAAUUUUCUCGUGGGAGAUGAGCGCACCACAAUGAGCGCAAGGUGACCUGCAAGCACCCUGUAACAGGCUCUCCCUCUCAAGACAACUGCAUCUUUGUCGUCAACGAACACUUGAAUUGCGGGAAAAUCGUUCGUCCUGUCUUACACAGGCUACACAGGCCUGCGUCCAAACCGCCAGCGAAUGAGAAGAAGGAGCGGCCACUGAGCACCAUGAGUGAAACGUCCAACUACACCGGUGGUUCGGGCGACUACGCCACGUACCCCAACAGCCCUGCGGGCACACAGCGACCAUCAAGACCCUCUAAAAAAAUCCACAAUUUUGGAAAGAGGUCAAACUCCAUAAAGAGAAACCCGAACGCACCAGUUAUAAAAAGCAACUGGCUUUACAAACAGGACAGCACCGGGAUGAAGUUGUGGAAGAAGAGAUGGUUCGUGCUGUCCGACAUGUGCCUCUUCUACUACAGAGAUGAGAAGGAAGAAGGGAUCCUCGGCAGCAUCCUUCUGCCUAGUUUUCAUAUUUCCCUGUUGUCUGUGGACGACCACAUCAACAGAAAGUACGCCUUCAAGGCGACGCACCCAAACAUGCGCACAUACUACUUCUGCAGCGACACGGCCAAAGACAUGGAGUCCUGGAUGAAGGUGAUGACGGAUGCAGCACUGGUGCACAGCAACCCAGUCAACAGGCUGGAGCGACUCAAAGUGGAGCAGUGUGGCCCGCAGGACGUGAUGAAUAACGGGCCCAACCACCAUCCAGCCCCACAGCAGCAGCCCCAGCCCCAGGUCCCGGACCAGCCGGACCAGUCGGACCAGCAGCCUCUGGAGCAGCCGCAGAGCGCCGAGCAGGGCGGUGGGAGUGGGGGCGGCAGCCUCGAGCGGCAGCACGACGCCGAGCGCUACGGUUUCCAAACGGACGGCGGCGGUGGCGGUGACUGGGACCGGCCGCCGCUCACCAAGAUCACAGGCGCACGCCUGCAGCAGCACCAGCAGCAGCAACACCAGCAUCCAGCCAACGGGGGGCCGCACCAGGGCCUCCAGUCCAGCCCGGCCCAGCUCAACGGCACCGGCGCGGGGGAGCGCAGCAGCCCCGGAGCGGAGCUGGGCAACGGGCCAAGCCAGAGAGCGGGCGCCCAGACGCCCGUGCCUGAGCCCCAGCGCGUCCUGCAGAGGACCAACUCCAUGCAGCAGCUGGAGCAGUGGGUCCGCUCACAGAGAGGCCGCGGCCAAGACGACGACACCCGCAGUGUCUCCUCCUACCAGACGUUGCCCAGGAACAUGCCAAGCCACCGGCCGCCGGUAGCCAUGCCGAUGUACGCAGACGGCUACCGCACGCUCCCGCGCAACAGCUUGGCGCGCCCGGACAGCGUGUGCAGCAUCUCGCCCUCGCUCUACGACCGCAUGCUGGGCCCGGCGGCGGCGUCCACUCCGGGCGCAGGCAUGGACAAGCGGCGGUCCAUGCGCGACGACACGCUGUGGCAGCUGUACGAGUGGCAGCAGCGCCAGGCGUACGUCCGGCACCCGCUCCACCCGCCGCAGCGUCCGGCGCACCAGCUGUACGGCGGCAUGCCCAGCCCCAAGACCAUGAUCAACCUGUCAGAGCACACAGGGCCGUCCAUCCCGCCCUCGCCCUCCCACGGCUCGCUCUACCAGGCCGGCUACUCACCGUUGCACGCCUACAACGCCGGCAGCUCGCGCUCCGAGCUCUCCUCGCCUGUCUACGGACGCGGGGACCUCAGCAUCGAUCGCCGUCACAGGGGGCAGCUCAACAAGUAUGGUUAUCCACCUGAUCGUAGGUCCAUGCCAACAGGAAUCCCAAUCCAGACCAUCACUCCUCAGUCACUGCAAGGGAAAACGCCGGAGGAGCUGACCCUGCUGCUGAUCAAACUGCGCCGGCAGCAGGCCGAGAUCACCAACAUCCGAGAGCACACGCUAGUGCAGCUCAUGCAGCUGAACCUCGACGCCCAAAACCCAAAGAACGACAUUUUGUCACAUCACCUCCAAAGGACCCUUAUGUAUCUGGACGAGCAGAUGAAGGAAAAUGACCCCUUAAUCCUCACCAUUCACACUAUGAUUGAGAACUCAGCCCCGCGGCCACAGCUCUACCAGCAAAUGAGCCCAGAUGACUACAGAGACCAUGCCUAUAUGUGCAGACCAGAGGAACAUGAUAUUGAUACCAAGUUGAGCAGGCUGUGUGAGCAGGACAAGGUCGUCCGGAGUCAGGAAGAGAAGCUGCAGCAGCUCCACAGAGAGAAGCACACCCUAGAGACGGCGUUGCUGUCGGCCAGUCAGGAGAUUGAGAUGAGCGCAGACGACCCGGUGGCCGUGCAGAGCGUCGUCCAGCAGAGAGACCUGCUCCAGAGUGGCCUGCUCAGCACCUGCAGAGAACUAUCCCGCGUCAACACAGAGCUGGAGCGGUCGUGGAGAGAGUAUGACCGGCUGGAGGCAGAUGUGGCCAUGGCCAAGAGCAACCUCCUGGAGCAGCUGGAGGCACUGGGGAGCCCUCAGACUGAGCCCCCCAGCCAGCAGCAUGUUCACAUCCAGAAGGAGCUGUGGAGGAUCCAGGACGUGAUGGAGGCGCUGAACAAGAACAAGCCCCCGAGGAACGCCGAUGGCUCAGGUUUUUUCACCUCCACACCUAUCUCCAGCCAUCAGAAGAGCGAGGGCCCAGACUACCGACUGUAUAAGAGUGAGCCAGAACUGACCACUGUGGCAGAAGUGGACGAGACUAACGGAGAGGAUCGCUCUGAGCAUGCCAUGGAGAGAGACUCUAGUGCCAAAGGCAUGUCCUACCCGGUUGGAAUAGUGCCUCCCAGAACCAAAUCACCCAUGCCUGAGUCCUCCUCCAUUGCCUCCUAUGUCACCCUGAGGAAGAACAAGAAGCCCGACCCCAGAGCGGAGCGUCCACGUAGUGCGGUGGAGCAGCUAAGUGCGGCGGAGUCGAGCGCACGUCCGCGCAUGAGCGUGGAGGAGCAGAUGGAGCGCAUCCGGCGGCACCAGCAGGGGGCACUGCAGCAGAAGAAGAAGAGCCUGGCUGUGCUGGGGGGCAGCCCGGGCGCUCAGGAGAACUCGCCCUCACGCAGCCCCUCCUUCUCCAAAGAAAACCCCUUCAGGACCAUGCAGUCCACCCAGGGUCGGCGGAGGAACGAGGGUUUCUGCACUGACCUGCAGGAGCUGGAGGCCUCUCUGAGAGAGCAGGAGGUGGUGCAGGAGCACGAGAGUCCGGCCGAGGAGAUUGCCCGUCUCAAAGAGGCCGUGGAUCCCGAGCACUUCAACAUGGACCGCGAGCUGUCCAAGCCAGAGAAGGUGGUAAUCCCCGAGCGCUACAUGGAGCCAGAGCCGGAGGAGGCCCUGAGCCCGGAGGAGGAGGCCGACAAGAGGAAGAAGGUGGACCGCAUCAAGGCCCUUAUCGCCAAGAACAGCAUGCAGAACAUGCACCCUGGUGUGGCUCUGAGCCCAGAGGUGGAGUCGGAGGAGGAGGCCACUGCCCAGACGCAGGAGAAGAUCAUCAACAUCUCCUACGAGCUGGCCGCAGAGGCCUCCAAGCGCUCCAAACUGGUGGCCGCAAAAAGCCUCCCUUCCUCCCCCCAGUCCCCUGUGCCCCCUGCAACACACACUCCCCUGCAGCUCACAGAUGGGACACACUUCAUGUGUGUGUAGUGCCCUGGCCACACACAAGCCCUGGCCUCAGUGAAGACCUACACAUGAGGACGGGUGGUUUGGAGAGUGACCCCAACAGCACACGGUGUCCCGACUGGCCAGAUCGCUAACUCUCGAGGCUUUAAAUACUCCCGGAAGGAACAUUGCUGCACUGUGACAUCACUUCCUCCCUCCACGGCCCUUUUUAGUAGUCGUGUAGAUGUUCUCAUUGUUUCACCUGUGCAUUCACAGGCCUUCCACACACACACACACUGCAGUGGCCAUGCAGGCAAGAUGGGCUCUCAUUCGCCCCGUUCUGCUGUGAGUGUGUGUUGGCUUCAUAUGCAGCUAACUCACACACGCCAAAAUAUACACAGUUCAAUGCCAAUGUUAGCUACAAUAAGCUCAAAGAUAGCUUGCGGAAGCAGGACUACUUUGUGACCGGUUUUUAAAUAGUUUCAUUGUGUUUAGUUAAGUUAUUUUUGCAAUUUUUAAACAUUUUAACCUUUCUUGUUAAUUUUAAAUCUCAUAUCUUUUAGAAUACAGAACACGUCAUUCUACAGUAUUUAAGUGCAUAAAACCAUAUUGUUUUUAUAUGAAAAAAAAAAUAAUAAAUAUAUAUAUAUAAAUAUGAUAGAUAUACAUGAUACAUAAAAUGAUGACCACAUGGUGCCACUUCAUUGCUGCAGUUGAAGAUUUUCUUUUUCCUUGGGUCGUAGUUAUUUAUGUCUGACCGCGUGCAGUUCAUGUCACAGUUGCCGACACACACAAGAAUGUUUUGGCUUUAAAUAUGCUUCAUGUCUUUUUUCUUUUUUUUAAAUGAUAUUUAAAUAGAAUUUCUGGGAUUUCUUUUUAUUUUCCUGGUUGGUUUGGAAUCCUGGACAUGAUGGAGAAGGGACUAGCACAUGUAAAAAAGCAAUAAGUAAAAGUUUGUUAUUCCAGGAUUGCAGAGUAUUUUUUGUACAAAAUGUAAUUAAAAGAGGAUCCUUGUGUAUAUACUGUAGGCUGCACAGUGGACAGAGCGGGUGUACAGGAGACCACUUACUGAAGUCAAUAUGCAAAUGUUCAUAUCUCAUCUGAUUUCUAUCAUGUGAAAUAAAUGUUGAUGUUCUUA